CGACAGCCCGAAAAAACAUUCAAAUAUCAAUGCGAUUCCCUCGAUAGCUUCACUUCCAUACACAGAACAACACAGUCGCAUUCAUCUCUGUUAGCUGCAAAAAUGUCCUACCUUCCUCCCUUCUUGGCGCGUCUCGCUCGCCCCUUCACACAAUCUACACGGCUCUCAAUCGCUCCCGAUCAAUCCGCUGCAUCUGUCAUCCCAGAGGGCGCUCAGCGCUGCACCGUCGCAGCGGGAUGUUUCUGGGGAACAGAGCAUUUGUAUCGCAGACACUUUGCCGACAAGGGUCUGAUCGAUGCAAAGGUUGGAUACAUUGGUGGUGAUCUUGAAAACCCUAGCUACCGCGCCGUCUGCGGUGGAAAGACAGGCCACGCUGAGGCCGCGCAAAUCAUCUUUGACCCUACAAAGGUCUCAUACGCACAACUCCUAGAAUUCUUCUACAAGACGCACGACCCCACGACGCUGAACCGCCAGGGUCCCGAUACCGGCCCCCAGUACCGCUCUGCUAUUUACUUCCACAACGAGGAGCAAGAAAAGAUCGCGCGCGAGGUCACAGAGAAGGCCAACAAGCAAUGGUGGAAGGGCGGCAUCGUUACUGAGAUUGCGCCCGCCGGAAAGUGGUGGACUGCUGAGGAGUAUCACCAACUCUACCUCCACAAUAACCCUUCUGGCUAUGAGUGCCCGAGCCACUUUUUGAGGCCGUUCCCACCUCUCGAAUAAAUACUUGGGGAUGUUUGCAUUUUGGCUUAGCAGACGGAUGGAAAUGGCACCAAUGAUAUCAGGAAACUUAACUUGGAAUGAGGCAAUGAGAGGACAGAAAUUCAACAUAUACCUAGUCACAAUAUGAAACAUUUGAAAUUCACCCC